AUGUUUGAUUGACAGGUGCAGGCUUAAGUUUUAGACUUUCAGUCUUUAAAGAUCACAGACAUGAUUUAACUUUUAAAUCAGAAUGUUGUGAUGAAUCAAUCAACAGGAUCAGAUAUAUUUAUACCUUACUAAAGACGUCUGAGGCGUCCGUGGACACAGCAGGUUGUUUUCUCACCUGAACAGUGAGUCAGCAGGUCGUAGGUCACAAACAUUUAAUAAUUAUCAGCUGCUGUAUCGAUAAUGAGCCAUCAGUCAUUUUCAGCUCAAUAAAAGCCAAUCGGAGAUCAUAUUCAGACGACACACAGUCAAACACACAGAACACCUGAAGUCUACAGCAGGUCAACUCUCCACACAGCUGUCGGUAUGAAGCGCCGUCUGUCAUCUCUUGAGUUCUUUCUUGCCGUCGUGUCAUCUCUGCUUCUUCUCUGCUGUGUCGGUUUGAUCGUGGUUUCAUGGCUCAGCCUGCAGCCUGAAGGUGCUGUUGAGCCGGUGGUACUGAGCGGUCAGAUGGUGGUCACAGACGGAGCCGCUUUCUCUGAAGAGCUCAGAAACUCCAGCAGUCUGCUCUUUAAAUCCCUCGCCUACGACAUACAACACCUGGUCUCUGAUGCGUUCAGUGUAUCUGAGCUUCGAGGUGUCUUCAGUUCCUGUCACGUUUUAAACUUCAGUCAGGGCAGUGUGGUGGUUGCCUUUGAUCUCUGGUUCAGUCAGCUGAUCAGUGCAAAGGAGGCGGAGCAACAGCUGGGGGCUGGGCUUCAAGAGCUUGGGGCCACAGGAUUGCUUAUUGACCGAAACAGCAUCAAGAUAACUGAGAAAUCAGACGAGUCGACGGAGACCCCGCCCAGUAUCAAACCUCCACCAGUGACGUGUCCUCCUGAUCAGACUACCUGUGCUGAUCGAUCGCUGUGUGUGUUGAUUAAACGUCUGUGUGACGGAGUCAACGACUGUCCUGACGCCUCUGAUGAAGAGCACGCUCUGUGCGCGACCAGGUGUGACGGACAAUUCAUGCUGAGAGGUCAGAGUGGAACCAUCAGUUCAUCGGAGACGAACCAGAGACGCUUCUGUCGCUGGAUCAUCAGAGUCGACCGAGGACUUUCUGUUCAGAUCAACUUCCUGCAGUUUGACAUGACCGAAGACAUCGACUCUCUGACACUGUAUGAAGGAGUGGGAGCAGGAAAACACCUGACAGCCAGGCUCUCAGGCUCCGCCCCCCCAGGCACUGUGUGGCUGCUGACCAACCAAUCAACUGUGGAGUUUAUUUCUGAUGAUGUCAACAGUCUGUCCAGGUUCAACGCCACCUACAACGCAGUCAACAUCUCCAAAUUACCAGAGCAGCAGAAGCUCAACUGUACCUUUGAGCAGGGCAUGUGUUUCUGGAGGCAGCAGGUUGAUGAUGAAGAUGAUGAUGGAGACUGGAUUCGAACCUACGGCGCCACAUUUCCUCCUCUGAGCGGCCCCAGUGUAGACCACACGCUGGGCAACAGCUCAGGUUUCUACAUCGUCACUCCUCCAAGUCCCGGCCAAUGGCUGAAGAGGUUCAGGAUCCAGAGCCUCCCUCUGACUCCGCCCAUGCUGCCCAUGUGUCUGAGCUUUUGGUAUCACAUGUUUGGAAAAGAUGUCCACCGUCUCAGAGUCCUGCUCCUCCAACCGUCUGCUGCUGUUACAACUGUGUUCCAGAAAGAUGGUAACUAUGGCGACAACUGGCACUACGGCCAGGUGACCCUCAACCUGACCACAGAGACAACGGUGGUGUUUGAAGCGUUGAAAAAGGGCGGGAUGAUGAACGACAUCGCUCUGGAUGACAUCACACUGACCAUGAAACCAUGUGACCCCGCCCCCCCUGAACCAACCAAUGUACCACCUCCAACAACCCCGCCCCCAAUACCAGCUGACUGUGGAGGACCAUUUGACCUCUGGGAGCCAAACUCAACCUUCAGCUCACCAAAUUACCCACAAUCCUAUGGGCAUGAGGCCCACUGUCUGUGGACCCUCCACACCACCGAGGGUCACAACAUCCAGCUUCACUUCCUGGACUUUGAAAUUGAAGCUACCUAUGACGUCGUUGAGGUGCGUGACGGGACGGGGCCUAACUCCACCUUAGUGGCUGUCCUUACAGGUAGCAGUGGCCCCGCCCACGAUUUGUUCUCAACAACCAAUCAGAUGACAGUCUGGUUCUUCACGGACAGCUCGGGUUACCACCGCGGGUUCAAUGCCAACUUUACCUCAGGGGUAAACCUUGGGUCACCAGCCCCAUGUGCAGAUGGUGAGUUCCAGUGUCUGACAGGAAGUUGUAUCCAUGGUAACAGUCAGUGUGACGGCGUGGUCGACUGUCCUGACGCCUCCGACGAGUCUGAGUGUGUUGUAUUACAGAUGAACAGUUCCAGUCCUCUCCAGUUUCAACUUCUUUCCUCUCUGCUCACCGUUUGUGCCGACAGCUGGAACUCUCACCUGUCUGUGUUCACCUGUCAGUACCUGGGCUACAGGUCAGGGGAGGCGUCUCUGCUGCCGGCUCAACCUGAAGAUUCACCAUUUACAAACAUCACCAUCAUCAAUGGAACCCUGCAGACCCAAGUCAGUGAAACCUGCAGCAGUGAGAGAGUGAUUUCUUUAACCUGCGACAACCAGCCGUGUGGCGUUCGUCAAGUUUUAAAUGACUCGAGAGGGAUGGACCAAUCAGCAGAGAGGACAACAGGUGCAGGUGGGGGCAGAGUGGUGGGUGGGGCGAAUGCUUUGAAGGGGGCAUGGCCAUGGAUGGUGUCUCUGUGGUGGAAGGGGAGUCAUGUUUGUGGAGCCUCUCUGAUUGGUGGAGACUGGCUUCUCACGGCUGCACACUGUGUCUACGGGAAGAACAUCCACCUGACAUCCUGGUCGGCUGUUUUUGGUCUUCACGCUCAGAGUAACAGCAGCUCCCUGGACGUUCAGACUCGACGAGUCGAUCGCAUCAUCAUCAACAGAGAGUACAACCGACAAACCAAACAGGCGGACAUCGCCAUGAUGCAUCUGCAGACGCCAAUAAACUUCACCCACUCAGUUCAACCACUUUGUUUACCUCCUGGAGGUCACGACCUCUCACCAGGAACACGCUGCUUCAUAGCAGGCUGGGGGAAGAAGGAGGAGGGGGGUUCCCGCGCUGACGUUCUGCAGGAGGCUCAGAUUCCUCUGGUGGCUCAGGCUCAGUGUCAGGGGCAGUUACCUGAGUACACCAUCACCUCCAGCAUGCUGUGUGCUGGACUACCCGAGGGAGGGGUCGACUCCUGCCAGGGUGACUCUGGAGGUCCUCUGAUGUGCCAGGAUGACACUGGACACUGGACUCUGAUUGGUGUGACAUCAUUUGGCGUUGGAUGUGGACGUCCUCAGAGACCUGGAGUCUACGCACGAGUCUCCGCCUUCACUUCCUGGAUCGCUCAGACCAGACGCUCCUCCUGAUAAUUCAACUCUGUUAUUAAGAAACAAACGAAUAAAUCAGGACUGUCAGCAUUAACAAGUUCAUCACAUUAACCUCACGUUUGUCCCUUCAGGCUCUCCGUAGAUAGUGGUCCUCAGUGUCUCCCUGUAGUCUCAGUGAUGUAAAAGAAGAACACUGCUGCAUCUUUGAAUGUCUCAUUUCACUUCAACAAACUCUCAGACAGCUCAGCUGACGAGUCCAAAGUAAUAUCCACCUUAUGACAUCACACAUUGACCUUUGUUUCCUCACUUUGGGAUCCCUAACCACUUCCUGUUUCUGUGCUUAACUUCCUGUCCUAACCUUCACUCUACAGGAAGGGCCUUACUUUAUUUCAAAAUAAAAGCACAUAGCAAGAAAAUAAGUCUUAUCUUAAAGGCCCUGCCACAUAGUGGCGACGAAGGCCGCCUGUGGCGUCAACUCACGUCGCCAAGUUACCAGCCGACGGCCAACCACCACGUACGUUCUGAGCAUGUGUGAGAGGAAAUAAUUCUUCAUGCCAGCAGGCGGCACUAGUCUGUAAUCGUCAUUCCAAAAAGGGGAAACCGGAAGAGGAAGAACGCGGAUAAAUAAACCGUUUUUAUGAUACGAGAAGACCAUUUCCUCACUGGUGUAGCUCAACACUCGUAAUAUAGGUACUUCUAAUGGAGAAUGAUGUCUGAUUAAAAGUUGCGUCUUUACUUGCUUUGGUCACUUCCGUUUUUCUUCUCAUGCACUGAUUCGCUUAGCUGAACAGCCAAUCAAAGGGACUCCUGUCACCAACCACGCAGGCGGCUGAAAAAAGGCAGAUGGGGGCCGACGGAGCUGAACACACCACAAAACCAGAUCGACGAUCGCUCGGGUCAGUCCUUGGUGUGUCAGGGCCUUCAGACAGGACAAAUCUUCAGAAUAAAAGCCUAACUGUUUUUAUUUUGUUAAUGUGAAAUAAUGGAAUUUCAGACAUGCGAUUAAAACAUUUAAUCUUUUAACAGCCCUAAAAAAUAAAUAAAUAAAUGUAUAAUAAUGUGUAAAUAAAACAUGAGGUUUAUCUUCUCACAGUUAAACUUCUCAGAGAAAUAA